AUUUUGCAGCUUGCGCACCCACAGCCCAAGGGGGCGCGGCCAUUAUUAGAAGGCCUGUCAAAUUUAAGCCAGCGCCUCUCCGACCUCCCCCCAGCCUCGGUCGCGCCCUGCCGUUGGCCCCCUCUCCCGCCUCUCUGCGGGGGAAGGAGAGAGACGGAACCCACGAGACAGGGGCGGAGAGGGAUCAAGCUCAAGCUCAGGCUCAGGCUCUGCCUCGCCGGGCUCCGGCCGUCGACCGACUCCUCCUCAGCGGAUGGCCAAUCGGCCGAGCGUGCCCAAGUUUGGCACCUGGGACAGCGACAAUGUGGGUUACACGGUCUACUUCAAUAAGGUGCGCGAGAACAAGGGCGCCACCGCGCCGCCGCUCCAGCGGCCGUUCAACCCCAACGACCCGGAGGAGGAGGCCCCGAGGGUGAUCAUCCCGGGCUCCAGGCCGGCCACCUCCAGCGGCGACCGCGCGGCGCCGCACCAGAACGGCCACCAGCACCGCCGGGCCGGCAGCAGCACCGCCGAGAAGAGCAAGUUCGCGCCGCCGCCGCAGUACCAGCCGCGGCCACAGCCCACCCACCACCAGCCUCCGGCCGGACACGGCGGCGACAACGGCAACCACCGCCCUUCGUCCGGGCACGGCAGCGACCACGGCCACCACCACCACCACCGCCCGGCCGGGCACGGCAGCGACCACGGCCACCACCACCACCGCCCGGCCGGGCACGGCGCGCACCACAAGCCGCAUGAAGCGAGGUACAAGCCGGCGGGGGCCCGGGCGCGGUCCGCCUCGCCGAACCACGCGCCGGUGAGUUGCCUACCUGCUGGCUUGAUGGGCUCGCGCCGACUGACGACGCGUGGCACGCAGGGGCGGCAGAGGCCGACGGCGGUGCCCAAGUUCGGGGCGUGGGACGAGCAGAGCGGGGGGGCGCAGGGGUACACGGUGAUGUUCGACCGGGUGAAGCAUGACCGGGAGGCGGCCCGCCGCGGCGGGGUGCGGAACCUCCCUCGCCGCCGCAUGCCGUCGCCGGAGAGCUACACGGCCGCGAGGCGGCCCCGGCACACCCCCUUCUACUCCAAGAUGUUCGGGUGCUUGAUCCCUCACACCAGGGACUGAGACGAGGCCGCCGGAGGCUCUGGACGCGACCUUGACCUUACUUACGUGUGUGUCAUUUCUGUUUUUUCUCCGUGGGCCUGGAGAGGACUGUUCUUCUUCUCCGAGGCUGGUCUAUUCAUUCUUCUCUUUCUCGCUCGCUCUUACAUUGGGCUGGUUUUUGCACGGUGGUUUGUGGGGCCUUUGUACGUAUGGUGGCCUGUGAUGUAUGAUUAUGUGCAUAUUGUUCUACAGUUUUGCUCAAAAAAGAAAAAUGUUCUACUGUUUUUCUGGGA